CAACUAUGAGGGUCUAUACCAUUUUAUGGAAAACUAUCCACCCCACAGUGACCCCCCUUCCUGGGCAAGCACAAGAUGGUUCUGGAUUGUGCCCCCACUCUGGGCAAGGCAAACCUCGUCUACUUGUUCUUCAUGGUUUAA